UCCCAAGAUGGCUGCUCCUGUGCCGGCUCCGGCUGAGAGCUGGCUUCGCACGCGGGAUGUAUUUGUGCCGGAGGAUCCCGGAGAUUUCGGGUCACUUCUGCUGUCGGCUCCGGUGCUGGAAGGGCUGCGAGCCGCGGGGUUUCUAAGGCCUUCUCCAGUGCAGCUCAAAGCCAUACCGUUGGGGCGCUGUGGCCUCGAUCUUAUUGUGCAAGCAAAGUCUGGCACAGGUAAAACCUGCGUCUUCUCCACAAUUGCACUUGACUCUCUUAUCCUGGAAAGCCCAGUUACACAGAUUCUAGUUUUGGCUCCUACCCGAGAAAUUGCUGUACAGAUACAUGCAGUCAUCACAACUAUUGGGAUUAAAAUGGAAGGUUUGGAAUGUCAUGUCUUCAUUGGAGGGACCCCUUUAAACCAAGACAAAAUCAGGCUGAAGAAGUGUCACAUAGCAGUUGGCUCCCCUGGUCGCAUAAAGCAGCUUAUAGAGUUGGACUAUCUGAAUACAGCCAGCAUUCGCCUUUUCGUUCUUGAUGAAGCAGACAAGCUUCUGGAAGAAGGCAGUUUCCAGGAGCAAAUAAAUUGGAUUUAUUCUUCUCUGCCAGCCAACAAGCAGAUGUUGGCUGUUUCAGCCACCUAUCCUGAAUCCUUGGCUAAUACUUUAACUAGAUAUAUGAGAGAUCCCACAUUUGUGAGGUUGAAUCCCACUGACCCAAGUCUUAUUGGAUUGAAGCAGUACUUCAAAGUUGUGAAUUCUCAUCCAUUACCACAUAAGACAUUUGAAGAAAAGGCGCAGCAUUUACAGGAACUCUUCAGCAAGAUUCCCUUCAAUCAGGCUUUGGUCUUCUCAAAUCUACACAGUCGAGCUCAGCACUUGGCGGAUUUACUGACAUCUAAAGGUUUUCCUGCAGAAUGCAUUUCAGGCAGUAUGAAUCAGAACCAGAGACUUGAUGUCAUGGCUAAACUAAAGCAGUUCCAUUGCAGAGUGUUGAUUUCUACUGAUUUGACAUCACGUGGAAUUGAUGCUGAGAAGGUGAACCUAGUCAUUAACUUAGAUGUGCCUUUGGACUGGGAGACAUACAUGCAUCGCAUUGGCAGAGCUGGACGCUUUGGAACUUUAGGACUGGCGGUGACUUAUUGCUGCCGUGGGGAGGAAGAGAAUGUGAUGAUGAACAUUGCACAGAAAUGUAACCUUCGGCUUCUUCCUUUACCAGAACCUGUGCCUCCUGAUUUGAUGGACCAGUUUGAAGACUGGGAUGUAGAAGUCACUGCUGUCCCGUAUCCCAAUGCUUCAUUGCAUGCUGCUCUGCCAGCUAAGCAACCAGAGGGGACAGUGCAGCACACGGCAGGGGACAGCAGUGCAAAGGAGUCCUCUGUGAUUGCUGGUGAAAAUCUUUCUGUGCCUAAGCCAAAACAGGCCCUCAAACAAAAACAGCUGCUCAAAAGUAGAGCAGAGCAGAGCAACACAAAGAGAACCACCAAGGACCAGCAAUCUUCCCAAUGCACUGCAGAGCCGAAAUGGCAACUAGAACCUGGUGUCCAAACUA